AUAGCUUGGAAUAUAUGAUAGUUCUAUGAGUUGACCAUAAAUGCUUAUACACAAACGUACAUAUGUAUAACCCUAUAACAUGUAGGGGUAAAAGUUUUCAGUUAAGGAUAGUGACUGCUUACCAACAACCCCUUACCUUAAAAAACUCAAGUACCAUCCAUUGAAACAGCCAAACUAGGGCAACAACCUUAAUCUCUCUCUUCAUUUUAAAAACCAAUGUAUAUGGCCUUUUCAUAUAACCCUUAUGCUCUUCCUUUUAGAUUCUCUUGUACCUUUCAUGCAUUUAGUUUCAUCCACCUACAACUAUAUGUACUACUAUAUCUUUAACUCAAUAUGCACAAGUUUGAAUGAAAAUGGAGCAAUAUUCACAAUACUUGAUGUCUGUGAAGAGCAACAACAGCAUCCUCGUGAACCCGUGUUCCAGCCAGUAUUCAUGGGAGGAACACGCGUUCGCUGAAGAUGCUAGAGGGCCCCUCGGCGCUUUUGUUUGGCCGCCGAGGUCGUACUCUUGUAGCUUUUGUAGAAGAGAGUUUAGGUCAGCUCAAGCACUUGGUGGUCACAUGAAUGUUCAUCGGAGAGAAAAGGCUAGGUUCAAGCAAAAUGUAAAUAGUACUACAAGUACUACAUUUACUGAUCCUUUUAGGGUUUGUUCAAUACCAGCAUUAGGUCAAGAAAGUAUUGAUAGUAGUUGUGACACAAAAAGUUGUGUUUAUGAUGGGAUUGGGGUGGUUGAGACAAGUUUAGUUUUAGGGUUUGACUUGGAUGCGUGUUCAAAUACAGGUGGUGGCGGUGGUAAGAGGCGGAAGAGGAGUAGCGUUACACCGCCGGUCAUGGGCGGGUUAGAUCUCGAGUUGAGGCUAGCUAGCUUUCAUGCAUGGUGAAGCAUUCAACAAGUAUGCUAAGGGAGUGAAGUAGGGUUACAAUAAUAGUGAAAGUUUUCUAAUUACUUGAGAAUUAGUGUAAUAGAAGUUUUCUCAUAUUAACAUUUGAUGUUUUGAGAUUGAAAACAAGUUGAUUAAUGAAGCACUUGUGUUCAUCGUAUUAAGUUUCUGUUUUCUUGUCAUUUGGUUUUAUAUUGUAAGAAAUUAAAAUGGUUAUGCUUAUGGCCCCAUUUAUGUC